UUUGAAAUAAAAUGGGGAAUAGUGAAACAAAACAAAAAAACACUGGAAUAUCAGCAUCAUAAUAUGGAGAUAUAUUGAUAAAAACAGAUAAAUCAUAUUAUUUUUCUGGUGAAAUUGUAUAAGGUAUAAGAUAGAUAAAAUUAUGUAGGAAAUAUCUAUUUAAAUGUAAUUAAGGAAGGAUUCCCAGGAUGUGUUAUUUAUUUGUGUGUCUUAGGAAAAGAGAAAUGCUAAUGGACAGAAACAUCAACCAGUACAUCAACUGACUCUGAAGGUAAUACAUCUGAAAGUACAACUACUUACACAUAUAAGGGAAAGUCAUAUAUUUAUAGUCAUAAAUUGGAAUUACAUAAUUUUUAAAGUCCAUUCCUCCCAUUAGGGUAAUUUGUUUUUCCUUUUUAAUUUUAACUAUUUUCACAUCUUCCUGGUUCAUUUUAUGAAAAGGAUUUAGCAAAGAUAUGCUAUAAGGUGAAAGCUUCUGUUAAUUCUAAGAAACCUUCUUACAAUUCUAUUAUUAGCAUUCAAAGAUUAAUCAUAAGAGAACCAAUAAGAUAAAUAACAAAUAAUUUGACUGGUGCUAUGUUGGUUCAUUCUGAAGAUUGUUGUUGUCAAAGUGAUGAAGUAUCAAAUGUAUCUUAUAUAUAGGCUUGUCGUAUAAAGUGUAAAAUUGAUAAAAAUAAUUAUCUACCUGGAGAUGUAGUAUAUUUAGAAAUUAAUAUUGAUAAUUUACACUUAGAUGUACAACUAUAUUCUAUUUCUAUACAUUUAAUAAAUAUUUUGACUUUAACUGAUGAUUCAGGCCGUUAAAAUAGAUAAAGCAGCAUUGUUGCAAAGAAAGAAAUUUAAGGAGUACCACCAAGGAGCAAUGAAAUUAAAAAUGUGCAGUUUAUUUUGAGAAAUAAUAAUUCACCUUUAGAAAUAUAACCAUCAGCAAAUGGUCAUUUGGUAAAUUCAGCUUAUUCGUUAUUGAUUAAGGCUAAUAUAGAGAGUAAUAUGAUUUAUUAUUUUAGCCGAUUCUUGCUGCUGCAAAGAGGAUCCAUCAAUUUAAAUUCCAAUUUAGAUUGUAGCUAUCUAACCUCAGAAUAAUGAUCCAUUUUUAGAUUAACCUCCUGAUUGGAAUCCCUAAAUAUUUUAGAUAUAAAAGUUUUAUCUUACUGAUAGUAAUAAGUAAAAGAAAAAUAUUGUACAUUCAGACCAAUACAAUGCACAAUAUAAAAACAAUUCAAUAUAGCAUAUGUAAUAACAAAUGUAAGAUUGA